UUCGUAUAGUGCGAAGGCUAUCAAUACAACAAUUAAUUUUUCUGUAUUUAUUAAUGACGACUACAAUGACUGUGGUGUGACCGUUCUGAUUUUAUAUAUUUUACAUAAUCCAUUCUAACUCUAAUAGACCACUGUGUCGUUUGUAUACUUAUGUAACACCUACAAAUUACGUCGGACAAGAUUCCCAAUUCUUUUUUUUUUUUGUGAAACAUCAUCACCGUGAUUCCUGAAGCACAUGCUAUGUUGAACAUAUAUAUAUAACGAGAUUUAUACUAAUGUAUUUACUAAAAACAAAGAAAGAAACAAAGCCGGUCGAUGACGUUGCGUUGCCCGAAUGUUCAUUAAGGUGCUUUUAUUUUAUUGCCUUGGCAUUCUGUUUUGCAGAAUCAGGGGUCCAUCUUUGUAACCAGCUUUGUUGAUGGACUAGCCCCUCCUCUUCCUGGUUCUCUGCUUGUAUGGUUUACGACUGUUCUGUGCAGUCAGACCACAGCCAGAAACCGAUUGUCGCUUCACAUACCCUCCUAAAUGUGUGACGGAUUUAACCCCGCCCCAUUGUACUGAAAGAAGUGCUGCCGGAACUUGCGGGACAAGAUCAGAAUGUGGAGACAGCACGCUUUGAGUUCAGUUUAUGUUUAACUGUUUCUGGUCCAUAUGCGGUCUACGCUAAGGCUCUCUGUUCACUGUUGUUUAUUAGACUAAAUUCGAUCCACUUCAGUGAAAUGCAAACGCUGCUAUGGUAUGAGAUGAGAGAGAAUUAGCUGCGUGUUUGUGGCUCUACAUUAAUGUCCUAUAUUUGUAUAAGCAUUGCGAUUUAAUUGUAACUGCUUUUUGUUUUUUGUUUUUUUUGACCAGCCCAUAGUCAGAAAGUUAUUGUGAACGAAGGAGAUUACGGUUUUUUUUUUAAAAUCAGAAUGUCCAUAGUCAAUCACUUGCUGCCUUUCUGGAGACUGACAAGCAAAACACGACUGUUUGACUUAUCAUAUUUCAAAGCAAGGACGUUUCAGGAAAUAAAUGUUGACUGUUUUAAUAAAGUGAAGCAUUUCAGAUCCGUCACGUUGUGUACAGGAUCCGAGAAGAAAUGGCAAAAACCAAUGGGAUUUGACACCGGCUUAAAGACAUACAACAGCCUCACGAAAGGAAAAGAACCUCUAAUACUGGCAAAAGAAGGAAUUGCGACCUGGUAUAGUUGUGGCCCUACAGUAUAUGAUCAUGCCCACCUUGGCCACGCUUGUUCCUAUGUUAGAUUUGAUAUUGUGCAAAGGAUUCUUACCAGAGUAUUUGGAAUCAAUGUUAUCCACGUGAUGGUCAUUACUGACAUUGAUGACAAGAUCAUUAAAAGAGCCUCUGAGUUAAACAUGUCUUCAACAGUUCUUGCUCGACUUUAUGAAGAGGAGUUUAAGAGCGACAUGGCAGCGCUUAAGGUACUUCCUCCUACAGUUUAUAUGAGAGUUACUGAGAACAUUCCACAAAUCAUUGCUUUUAUAGAAGGCAUAAUAAACAAGCAGCAUGCUUAUGCAACACCCAAAGGCAGUGUCUAUUUUGACAUCAAGUCAAUUGGAAGUCGAUAUGGAAAGCUAAUGGGCGGGUUUGUUGACUCGGGAGGGGAGCUAGGUGACACAGGUGACACUGAUAAGCGAAAUGCCAGGGAUUUUGCCCUUUGGAAGGCAUCUAAGCCGCAGGAACCAUUCUGGGAGUCUCCAUGGGGAAAAGGAAGACCUGGCUGGCACAUUGAAUGUUCGACAAUAGCAAGUACUGUUUUUGGAAGUCAAUUGGAUAUUCAUUCUGGCGGGAUAGACCUUGCCUUUCCACAUCAUGAAAAUGAGAUUGCACAAUGUGAAGCUUAUCAUCAGUGUGCUCAAUGGGGAAACUACUUUCUGCACUCAGGACAUUUGCAUCUUAAAGGAAGUGAAGAGAAGAUGUCCAAAUCUUUAAAAAACUUCAUCACAAUAAAGGACUUUUUACAGACGUUUUCAGCAAAUGAAUUCAGAAUGUUUUGCCUUCUUACCAAGUACAGAUCAGCAAUUGACUACAGUGAUGCCAGUAUGAAUGAAGCUAAAAGCGUUUUAAGUUCCAUCUCGUCGUUUUUCAAUGAUGCGGGUGCUUAUAUGACAGGAAAAUUAUUGUGCCAGAGUGUUGAUGAAGGCUUUUUGUGGAAAAGGUUAGCGGCUGCAAAAGUGGAUGUUCAGACAGCGCUGACAGAUGACUUUGACACUCCAAGGGCUGUUGAUGCAAUUAUGGGCCUGAUUCACCAUGGCAACCGGCAGCUUCAGUCGGUUACUAAGGGGGGACAAUCCUCCAGAAGCCCAGCUGUGUUUGGAGCCAUUCUUUCUUACAUAGAGGGAUUCUUGGACACAGUGGGUGUUGCUGUAAAGGAGAAUACGUGUGUAACAGGAGAAAGUUCCCCUGGCACUCUUCCUAGUGUUGUUGAACAAUUGGUGAGUUUUCGAAGCAGGGUCCGCAGUUAUGCCCUGGCUACCGAUGAACUCGCUCCGGUUUUAUCUGACUGCAGUGAGCUGUCUGAGGAGAGGAAGUCUCAGCUAAAGGAGCACAGGAAGCAGCUGAUACAAGAGCGGGAACCUCUUCUGAAGGCCUGUGAUGUCCUUCGGAGAGACCUCGCACCCCUUGGAAUUAACAUUAAGGACAGAGGUAACACCUCAACAUGGGAAAUAACAGAGAAGAGGACAGAGCUGCAAAAGGAAGAGGCAAACUAGUUCUAUACAUAAGCCCCAUUACAGAUGCAAUGCUCUGCACAUUAAAAACUUGGGACUGUGAAACCUGGGUUUGUAUUUGACAGGAUAAGUCUUCAAUAUUUAUGUGAUUGUCAUCAGCAUUGUAACAUUAAAAGCGUCAAAUAUAAAAUGUAUUGGUAAUGUUGUAAUUACUACACCUAUAAAUGUUAAAAUAAUUAAACACAGCACUUUCCGAGGCAAGACAGGCAGUAAUUUGUCAGUGCUUACCGAUAUUAAUUUCAAGAUGUAUUUUUAUUUUAAUUUUAAAUAUUUUUGCAAAGGAAAGAAUACCAGGUUGUCAGUCAACAGCUAGCCAUGUAACAGCCAUGCAGCAGCUUUUGGAAUUGUCUAUGAUGUGAAAUUAAGGAAUAAACAACUCAUUUGGGGAUUGUACUUUGUGUGUUUUGCAAGGAUAGAAAAGUAAAUCAUUGUUUCAGGUCGAAGAUGACAAGCUAGUUAACGUAGCAGAACACAUGUAUGCAUUUAUUCACAAUAAAGCCACGGGAAGAUACGCAUUACAUACAAUACUGUGUUGUUUUAAUAACCAUAUCAGAGUCGUGACUAUUUGGUUUCUGUAUAAUAAAGAGCUGACGCUUCAUAUGUAUUCUUUGAUCCCCUGGAUCACAUUUGAUUGUCUCAAACCUUUUGUCCAAGUGUCAAAGCCUCAUAUCUCAGAAAUCAGUUGAACAUGAUUUAAUAUUUGCAGGGCUAUGAACCCUUCAUCUUCUAUGUGUUGCUGACCAUGGUAUUAGGUCUCUAACCCAAAAUGGCUGCCAUACUGAGGUUAUGUUGCUUUUUAAGUUUCUUCUUCAUUGAGGCAGAGCACUUGUUGGCUUAAUAUUUGGUACACUUUCACAGCUGAAAAAGCUGUCUUAAUAAUGUUAAAACAGUAAUAUUUAACAUUUUAAUUGUUCAGCUAUAUGUUGAGAAAUGCAUGAUUAGAAAAAAUCGACUUCUUAAGGUUAACUAACAAAAUGAGGAAUACUUUACUGGUUGGUUUGCAUUGAAAAACUAUUUUCUUAUCAUAAUAUAGAUACAGACAGGCAUAGAAACCUGCAAAUACAACAUGCAGUGCACUCUCAAGAACCUGGGAUCCCAGAGAGUUUAAAAAACUCAGCACAUACCAUUAUUACAAAAACGAAAAUGAAGAAAAUGUAUUUCAUUGCAGUUAUUUACAUGCGUGUGACUGUCCCGUUUUAGGCAUGAGCAGUGAACCAAGCCCCCUCGUUAAAAAAAGAACAUUGAAGUGUAGAUUAAAUAUAUCUGACAAAGAAUGCACUGAGCUCAGACUAUAUAUAUAUAUAUAUAUAUAUAUAUAUAUA